AACGUGAGUCACGUGAAUGUUUAUGUGAAAAACAAUAUAUAAGGAUCAGACACAGCUCUCUGUAAAUGGGUUUCAGCCGAGCACACACUGAAGUAAUCCAACAGAAAGAUGAAGGUUCUGCUGCUGUCAUUGGUUCUCGCACUGCUGUUGGCUGAUGGAUUUGCCUUGAAAUGUAAUAACUGUGUUCCCCGCUCUGGUGGACGUUGUUCGACCACCAGGGAGACUUGUGGUUAUAAGCAAGAUGCCUGUGUAUCCGCCAGAUUUACAAUCUAUCCUUUUUCUUACUUCCGGAGGUGCAUUGCUAUGUCCGACUGCAUGAUUCUUCGGGCCAGCGCUCACAUAUCAGCCUCAUGCUGUCAGAGUGAUCUGUGCAAUUAAAUUCACAGGGCG